UGCAUUCAGCCCAGCCAGAGCCAACAUGAAGACACCCACAGUCUUGGUUUUGGUGGUUUUGAUCGCCACAGUGAUGGACACGGCCUAUCCUCUGUCUUCUUCUGGAAGAUUGCAGAAACCUGGAGCUUGUCCCAAGGGGCCCCCAAAUACUGGAGGAGCGUGUGUUGAGAGGUGCUCUGGAGAUGAUUCCUGCCCUGGGAAAAUGAAGUGCUGCAGCAAUGGGUGUGGACAUGUCUGCCUACCUCCUGUUUCCUAAACGGCUGGCAGCCCUGAGGAGGAUGGAUUCGAUGCUUAUAAGCCUGACUGAAGAUCAGCCCCAAAAGAUUCUGAAUCCAUGGAGCCGGCCUGCUACUCCCUCAUCCUAGAACUGCAUCCUUAGAAGAUAGAAGCCUACAAUGUGGUCACUGAUUCCUAGUCGUUGUAUUCAAAAUAAACACUCCUUAGCAUUC